AUGCUUUCAGAUUUAGAUAUAAACAGUGAUUACGAUUUUGAGUCAGAUUAUGAGUCAGAUAUUUGUGACCGUGAGGAUGAACCAGCAAUUACAACAUCAAAUCCAGUUCUUCAAAGUACUCAUCAACCAACUAUUUCAGCAAAUUCAAUUAUACAUUCGAAUCUUCAAACAAGAAAUCAAUCAUUCAUUUCAACACCAAUUAAUGAUUCAAACUUCUCAGAAACCAAUUCAAAUAAUUCAGAUGCACCUGUCUGUGAAUCUACCAUUUUAGAUCAACCCAAUGGUCCCAACAAUUCAACCAUAAUUAUUCGAAACCCAAAUCAACUGGAAAAUACUGGAGAUAAAAACGUAUUAUCUUCUGAAACAGAUAGCGAUGUUUUUGGCAGUGACUCUGAAAUACCAAAUUCGAUUAUGAACAGAGUUCUGACUUCCCGUGAGACAGAUUUAAAUACACAUCAAGGUCAUGAAAACGGAUUAUCUUCUGAUUCAGAUAGCGAUGUUUUUGGCAGUGACUCAGAAAUACCAGAUUCAGUUAUGAACAGAGCUGUGAAUUCUCGUGAAGAGAAGAAUUUAGAUACACAUCAAGGUCAUGAUGAUGGAGAUGCACAAGAAGAAUGUGAAGUUGCAGAAGUUGCAGAAGUUACAGAAGUUGCACAAAAUGAAGAUGAAUCACAAGUUGUGUUUUUACCAAAUGGUGUAAUUUAUGUUGAUGGUUUUGUGGUGCACAAAAAUAAAGUUGUUAAUCCAUAUCUGAUCAGUUUUCAAAGGGAUUUGAGACCAGCUUUUCGUGAAAUCACAAAUAGACACUUAACAUUGGUCAAAAUUGAUGAUUAUGCAGAAUCAAGAGUGAUAAGAGUGCAAAACGAAACACUAUUCCAUUAUAUUCAACCUCAAACGUAUUAUGGUAAAUAUGUUAAAGAAAAAUUUUGUUUUCUGCAAAUUAGUUCAAAAAAUGCUGUGCAGAUGAUCGGUGUUAAGGUAUUUAUUACAAGUUCAUUAUUUGCUUUGAUUGUUAUAGGUCGACCAGAGUUACAAAUGUUCAGGUACAGGAAUAAAGAAGCAGAUCCAAACUUGGUACGAGAUAACAGUACUUUGAAUGACUAUUUUGGUGGCUUGUCUAUAUCGGAAAAUGACAGAAAUUUGAUUGAAACACCAUAUGAUAGAAAUAUUGUGGAUAUUGGUAAGAAUGUUUACAGAAUUUUCUAUGAAAAAGCAAUUGGUUCAUCAGAGUUCAGUGGUAUUACAUCAAGAAGGAGAUUCAACGAUCAUGAAGCUGUAGUAAAUUUUAUCAGAGAGCACAAACCAGAAACUGUGAACAACUUCUGUCAUGUAUUUGGAAAACUUUUAGCAAGAAUAUGCCUUGCAAAGGAGUUUGAAAUGGUCAACAAAACUACACAUGCAAAGGAGUUGAGCUUAAUUGAAAAUCUUGGGAAGAAGUCUAGCGCUGUUCAAGUUUCAGUAAUCGGAGAAUUGAUUAGAAAUUUUGGAUGUGUGCG